AUGGAAACAUACAUUCGCUUAGCUGACUCGGUUAUUGAAUUCGAUAUCGAAUUUCUUGGCACACCCACAAGUGAACACACCAAGCAUUCGCUGAAAAUUCAGCAAGAGGAGCUAAAGGUGAUGUGGGAGAAAGCCAAAGCACUUUUUGAUGACUUGCUGGCUACGGAAUCAAUUGGUGCUAAAGAUCUAAGUUCGAUACGUAAGAAAGGAAAAACGUGCUAUGCAGCUUUUGUGCGAUGUAUGUCCAAAAUAAACGAUUUGUCGGAAAAAUUUUCAAAAACCGAAAAGGAAGAUGAGGACAUGUCAGCCACACAGCAUAAUUUACACCUACCGCCUUGUGAUAUCGACGCAUUCAAGGGCGAUUAUUUGUCAUGGCCAACAUUUCGUGACAUGUUCACGGCUAUAUAUAUAUUGAACAAGCGGCUGACACCCAUUCAAAAGCUUUACUAUCUUAGUCAGAAAACGCAGGGUGAAGCCAAAGAAAUUGUUAAGAAAUGCGACCUGACAAAUUAUGGGUUUAAUAUAGCCUGGAAGAAUUUGUGCGAUAGGUAUGAGAAUAAAAGGAUCCUAGUUAACACCCAGUUGAAGAUCCUCUUCAAUCUACAGGCGGUGGAAACUGAAUGCGGGAGUGCAAUUAAAAGAUUGCAAAGGGAUAUAAACAAUUGCAUAUCUUCCCUGGAGAGUCAUAAAAUUGACAUUUCAACCUGGGAUCCAAUAAUUACAUACCUUUGCUCCACAAAAUUACCAGAAGAGACUCUUUCGCUGUGGGAGCAAUUAGUGCAAACUAAAACAGAUAUUUCCAAGUGGGCUGACAUGGACCAAUUCUUGUCAAGCAGAUUCCAAACUUUGGAAUCGGUCUCGGGGUUGAGAGGAAUCAAGGUUUCAAAAAUUUCAAAAGGGUUAAGUCAUAAGCAUUCCUCUGAACCGCCACAAAAGAAACUUGGCACUUUUCAAACUAGUGUAAGCAAAUUUACUUGCAAAAUGUGUCAAAGCAAUGAUCGCAGACUGCAUAUGUGCCAAAAAUUCUUAAAUAUGUCGACAUCUGAUAGGAUCGCUUUUAUUAAAACCAACAAUAGUUGGUUUAACUGCCUGUCCUUUGGGCAUGCGGUGUCGAAAUGCACAAGUUCCUACAACUGUGCCAAUUGCCAUUCUCGACAUCACACCCUACUUCAUAUACAGGCGGCUCCAGGUAAAACAACGACAAAGGAGAAUACAGCCAAUCCAGUUAACAAUGGUGCAUCGACAUCCAGGCAGGCACAAUUACGAAACCAAUCUUCAAAGGGAAAAGGUAAAGCAGUCAGACAUGUGCAAACACAUCACGCGAAUUCAAGCAAAGGCGUUUUACUUGGGACAGCUCGAGUAAAUAUUCAUUUUAAUGGUACUAACUUUGCGGCAAGAGCGUUAAUUGACUCUGGCUCUGAGUGUUCCUUCAUCACGGAGAGGCUCAGACGCAGAAUCAACUUGCCGACCAAGAAGAUGUUAGCACAGGUUUCGGGCAUCAAUAAUUCUGUUUCAGCGCAGGUGAAAGAAGCGUGUUCGAUUCAAUUGUGGUCACCAAUUGACCCACUUAUUUCUAUUGAUGCCCUUGUGUUAGUUCUACCAAAUCUGACAGGGAAUUUGCCUACUUGCCUACUCACACAACAAGUUUUUCCUGAUCUGGUUUUGGCAGAUAAAAGGUUUUUUGUGAAUGAACAAGUCGAUCUGGUUCUUGGAGGAGACAUAUAUCCUCAAAUAAUAUUAGGUGGAAUUAAGAAGAACGUUCUCAGUACUCUCUUAGCGCAAGAAACAGUAUUCGGUUGGAUACUGACUGGUCGUGCUGAUGCAGCCAGCCCAACCAGCAAUAAUCGAGUUUCAUUUUACAAUGAGGUUGCCCUUGAUAGACAGUUAUGCUCAUUCUGGGAACUGGAGGAUUUGCCGAGAAACAGAGCACCAACAACCGAAGAAACACAGUGUGAGGAGCUCUACAAGCGUACAACCAAACGGAACCCAGACGGAAGGUAUAUCGUUUCGCUUCCAUUCAAAGCGGAGUUCCCGGCUGAUACCAAAUUGGGGCCAUCACUGAGAAUAGCGUGCUCGCAAUUCUACAAAAACGAGACACGCCUCAAGAAAAAUCCAGAUUUGCAUGCGGAAUACAACAGGGUCAUACUAGAGUACGAGACAAUGGGGCAUAUGUCGAAAAUCAAUGCACUUCAGUCGGCCGAUGCAAUCGACAAUUACUAUCUGCCUCAUCAUGCCGUGAUAAAAGAAGAAAGUAUAUCAACAAAGGUUCGGGUGGUUUUUAAUGCUUCGUCUUCUUCAGCGAAUGGGGUCAGCUUGAACGAUGUUCUUUUACCAGGGCCAGUUCUUCAAGCUGAUUUACCAAUUUUGAUUCUCCGCUGGAGACUUUUUAGGUACGUCUUCAAUAGCGAUAUUGAGAAGAUGUACAGGCAAAUUCUCGUGGAUGCCAACCAGACGAAGUACCAGAGAUUAGUCUUCCGUACGGGUCCAAACGAACCAAUCGGUCUUUAUGAAUUAAAAACGGUUACUUUCGGUAUAAACUGUGCGCCUUAUCUGGCGAUAAGGACAUUACUUCAGCUAGCUAAUGAUUCAGAAAAUUCCCAUCCGAUAGCUUCGAAUAUUUUACGGAAAAAUAUGUAUGUCGAUGAUGUUCUUGCGGGCGGACAUACUAUAGACUCCACGUUACAGGCUAGGGAUGAGGUUUCUACAGUUUUGAAAUCAGCUGGAUUCCCUUUGCGAAAAUGGACCUCGAAUUGUGACAAAAUACUACAGGGCAUACCAAAACCACAUCUUUUAAGCGAAGAUUUCUUAGAAUUCGAGGACACUAGCAGUGUAAAAGCAUUAGGUAUCAGGUGGAAUGCGCAUUCCGACCAAUUUUAUUUCAUAACCAAGACCAUAGACGAUAACAUCACGCCAACAAAAAGAGCGAUAUUGUCAGCCAUCGCCAAACUAUUCGACCCGUUGGGUUGGCUAGCUCCAAUAAUAAUAGUUGCAAAAAUACUUAUGCAGAAUAUAUGGUUGGAGGGUACAAAGUGGGACGAAACGGUCUCCGUUCCAACCUUAGAUAGGUGGCACAAUUUCACAAAAAAAUUAUAA